UUUCGUGGCUCUCUGGUUCAGAAGUUCUAAAGAGUGGGAGGCCUGUCUGUUGAGUCCCUGAACCCGUCGGCCCCACAAACCACAGCAGUGUGCAGCUAUGUCGGCCUGCAGGCUGAUGAGAGCCGUCAGAGUGAGUGAGUUCGGGGCUCCGUCAGUCCUCAGACUCUGCUCAGAUGUGACUGUCCCGCAGCCUGGACUCAGACAGGUGUUAAUUCGUGUGCAUGCCUGUGGAGUGAACCCUGUGGAAACUUACAUCAGGGCUGGAACGUACGCCCGUAAGCCCACCCUGCCAUACACACCAGGCACAGACGUAGCUGGAGUGGUGGAAACUGUUGGAGAGGGAGUCACUGCAGUAAAGGCAGGGGAUCGUGUGUUCACCACAGCCACAGAGUCUGGAGGUUAUGCAGAGUACACUGUAGCAGCUGACGACUGUGUACACAAACUGCCCGAUGCUUUAGACUUCGCCCAGGGUGCAGCCAUAGGGAUCCCUUACUUCACUGCCUACAGAGCUCUGCUUCACAAAGCUCACGCCAAGGCAGGAGAGACGGUCCUCAUCCAUGGAGCCAGUGGAGGGGUUGGUGUUGCAGCGUGCCAGCUGUCUCGCGCUCUGGGCCUCAAGGUGCUGGGGACAGCAGGGACACCAGAGGGAAUGAAGCUGGCUCUCAAUAACGGAGCUCACCUGGCCUUCAACCACAGAGAAGAGAGCUACACAGACAAAAUCAUGGAAGCCACAGAGGGCAGAGGCAUAGAUGUGAUAGUGGAGAUGCUGUCAAAUGUCAACCUCAGUAAAGACCUCCAGAUGUUGGCCUAUGGAGGACGUGUUGCGAUUGUUGGCUCCAGAGGCCCCAUAGAGAUCAACCCCAGAGACACCAUGGCUAAAGAGAGCAGCAUCAUGGGAGUGGCUCUUUUCUUUGCUACGCCGGAGGAGAAUAAGGAGUGUGCAGCGCUGCUCUAUGCAGGGAUGGAAGCUGGUUGGCUCCGUCCAGCCGUUGGUACCCAGCAUCCUCUCGACAAGGUGGCCCAGGCGCACCAUGACAUCAUUGAGUCUCCCGGGGCUGCUGGGAAGAUGGUCCUGACCAUGUGAUGACUUGGUCAUAUCACAGGCCAAAGGUUGCCAAGUAGGGUUGGGGAUAUUCAUAAAGGGGAAACUUUUGAGGAGCAGCUACAACAAGCAAACAAGUUUAUGAAAACUUAAACCAUAUUGUUAAUAAUUAAUGAAGAUUACACAAGAGGCAUUGACUUUGACUAUAACUGUAUUUUGUUUUUACUAAAUCUUACUAACAAGGAAUAAUGUGUAAAUAACAGAAACUGUUGUGUUCUCACUGAUUACGCUUGGUCUGAUUACUUGGCUUUUUUACAUGCUAGGCUAGGCUACAACAACAAAGUAUUUGUGAUGCCUUUGUCGGUUACAUGACCUUUGCAAUGUUUGUCAUAGCAGCUCCUUGAGUCUCCCUAAGUUAAGCUGUGGGUUGGUGCUUAAAGUAGGUUGAGCGGGCUGUGAAUAUGUAAUGCACUGUGAUGAUUAAAUAAUAGACCCUGCAUGAUUUCCUGCCGUACGGCGCGUCUAAUUAAUCACAAAGGUGCCAAAAUACUUUUCAGGCUGUGUGAAAGUGACAAAUAAAAGCACACGAGUUGAGGAGUGAGA